AUGAGCGGCGAGAUCGACGCCGUCUACAUAUAUGACGAGCAGAACUGCCCUCUCGUCGAGCAUGUAUACCGAGCCCGGCCGCCCUCCGCUGCCGCGAUCCUGCCCCUCUAUCUUGCUCACGCCGCUCCACGCCCUUCCUUGCUAUACUUUCCAAGCACCAAUCCGCCAGUGACUGUUUUCUCAAUUGUUCAGUCUAAUUUACUUUUCCUUGCGGUGACAGAGGUGGAUACGGAGCCGUUGUUGGUGCUGGAGUUUCUGCAUCGUGUGGUCGACGCACUCGAGGACUUCGUCGGGGCUCCGUUACUCUCUACCAAGAUACAGGCCAACUAUGCCGUCGUUGCGCAAAUACUACAUGAGAUGUGUGAUGGUGGGGUGGUAUGCAACACAGAGCCGAAUGCCUUGCAAGAGGUAGUCGAAGUACCGGGGUGGAUGGGUAAACUUCUUAGCGGAAUCAACGUACCAGGAGCGUUGAGCCAGUCAACGAACCCUUUGAAACAGUCAUUAGCUGCAUCUAGUGCGGCCCAGGGCCCUGCAAUUCCAUGGCGCAGGCCUGGGGUACGGCAUACCUCAAACGAGCUCUACGUUGACAUCAUUGAAUCUCUUUCGGUGACAAUGGCUCCUUCAGGAAGGCUACUUUCGGCCCUUGUUUCAGGAACUAUCGCCUUGACGGCCAAUAUCUCCGGAGUACCGGAUUUGCUUUUAUCUUUAACAGCGCCAGGUGGCCAGCAAGCGAUUGCUCAAAAGUUGGAUCUUCCUGUUUUCCACCCCUGCGUUAGGCUAUCUCGAUGGCGUGAGAAGCCCGGAGAACUCAGCUUUGUGCCCCCAGAUGGACAAUUCAUCUUGGCUGGUUACGAGGUUGACCUUCUUCCGAUAGAUCCUAACCUUGACGAGCCUCCUAGCCAUAUGGAGAAGCUUUUUCUCCCUGCCAUAGUCGAUAUUCGCAAAUCCUUGGGACCGAAUGGAUCGGAUUUCGAAGUUCGGUUGACCUUGAAUACGAACUUCCCCGGACAUAAUUCAUCCCGUCCAUCACAUCCCCGGAAUGGCUCGGGCACGUCAACCCCGUCCUUCCUUGGGGGAAGCAGCAAUUCUACUGGACCCGUCCUAGAAGAAGUUGUAGUCACAGUCCCUGUUCCGAAGUCCGUUCGGCACAUCACAGACAUACAAGCCAGCCGCGGCGACGCCCAGUACUCCCAUAGCACCGGGCUUCUUGAAUGGAAGGUGCCAACAGGCAAAGACGCAGGAACCGUUACAGGAACCGCGACUCUCCGCUGCUCAGUGGCGGGCUACCCAACACAAGACGAUGACUUCGAAAGCCUCGAGGACGCAGAAGAGGACGCUAACGCCAACUUGCUCCAAGGCUACUACGAAGCUCCCACCUCCUACCACGACCCCUCUGCCCCCAGCACGCGAAAGAUACGAGACCCCAACAAGAAGAAGAAAAAGAAGAAGAAGUCAACCAAGAAGUCCUCUCGCACUGCUGCCCUGCUCGACGAGACAGCCGAUGGCGGCUCAGCAGAGGGGCCCUCAGGAGACUCAAAAGCAUCUGCCACUCCUUCCCCUGCCCAUUCGAAACCUCAUACCCCGACUCCCCCCUCGCAACCUCAGACCGUCUCCCAGGACCCAUCCCCGCUGCCCACUUUCUUUGCCUCCUCAUCCGCGUCUCGCCCUGUGCCUCGCAAGAGCAAGGCCCAGCUCAAUGCUAGUCUGAUGCCGAAUUCGGCAUCAGUCUCCUUUUCUGUGCGCGGGUGGCUACCAUCUGGUAUUAAGGUAGAUAGCCUUAAUAUCGACCAGCGCCGUAGUCGUGGUCUCGGCGACGGUGUCAAGCCUUACAAGGGCGUGAAGUAUCUGUGCGUUAGCAGGCGUGGCGUAGAGCGACGCUGCUGA